AUGGCAUCUAAGGACAUAACAAAAUCAAAUGUAACUGGAGAAAUCCUUGUGGCAUGGCAGAGUUAUACAGAUAUUUUAUCAGACGAACUAGACGUGGCAGUGGGCGAUGCAGUCGAAUUAAUAAACACAGAAGAUUCGAGUUCAUCAGCUAAGAGAAUAAAACUUGACCCAGAACUGGACAAGGUUUCAGGAGAGCUACUAGACAACUCUGCUGCUCGCCAUAAACUGUCUGUCAAACCAAAACGCAACCAUCUUAGUUCGAGACAUUCCCCAACUAGAUUAAACAUAAAUCAAAGAUGGCUAGUGAAACAAGUGAAAGGAGAUAAGCAAGGAUGGGUUCCAUGCAGAAUUCUGCAGACUGCGGACGAUCCAACUUUCAAUACUACUGGCCUUCCAGGAGAUGCAGAAUUCAGGAGACUGGCUGUUGUGAAAGAGCUCAUCGAGACCGAACAAGAAUUUGUACGAGACCUGGAUCAUGUCGUAGAACGCUAUCUUAUCCCUUCAGAAUCUGGAAAAGUACCAAAAAUUGUCAAGGACAACUUCGAUGUCAUCUUCGGAAACCUCAAAGAAAUAGCCGAAUUUCAUAGGACAGUUUUGAUAGAAGGUGUGAAAUAUCAAGCGAAGAAUCCUGUGAUGAUUGGAAAGACGUUUCUACGGCUAGAAAGAGACUUCGACAAACACGUUAGGUACUGCAGUGAUGAACCCGUAGCUCAGGAGUUGCUGGAUACAUGCGAUGAAAUUUUCGAUUAUUUUGCAGACCUAUCGCAUAGUUUUGGUGACGACAAAAGUAUCUCCGAACAUUUGAAGCUUCCGAUACAACGUAUCAACGAUUACCAGCUUUUAAUCAAGGAAUUGGUCCGAUAUACUGCUUGUCUAGGAGAAAACGACGCCGACCUUCGCAAAGCCCUUGAUUUGAUGCUAAGCGUGCCCCACAGGGCGCAAGACGAUAAAUUUGUGUCUAGCAUCGAAGGCUACAAGGGCAACGUGCACAAGUUGGGCCGGCUUCUUGCCCACGACCGGUUCACCGUCACCUUCGAAGACGUCAGCAAGGAGCGGUACUUGUUCCUUUUCAAGGCGCGGAUCCUGAUCUGCAAGGUGCGGAGGAUAUCCGAGGACAGGUCGAUCUUCCAGCUCAAGGAUACCGUGAGGUUGACACAAAUUCAGGUCAAGGACCAUCCAGAAGAUACACAUACUUUCGAAUUGGUCGAUAAGGUCGGAAAACAAUCUCUGAUUUUGAAACUCCACAGAAACGUCAAAGGCUUUUGGCUGAAAGAAAUAAGAGAAUUCGCCAAAGAUCACAGUGAAGUUGAAGAUGCUAGUACCGAAGACUUCCAGAAAGAAUCGCUUUCACUAGACCGCACUGAAGAAAAGUCAAACGAUCCAGAGGAGAAACAAGAAUUCGCUCCAGAGAAACGUCCGCAAGCUCCAGAAAAAUUGUCGCAAUUAGUAAAAGUACCCCAACCAAUAGAACCUUCAGUACCAAGAAAGGAACACCACGAAGCAAGCCAACCUCUUGAACCACCCAAAACUCCUGGCAAGUCGUUAGAGCAAACGAAGCUCGUACAAGAAUUGAAACUGGUACUGAAAGAACAAUCCAGUUCUUCAGAAAGCACCCUAGUUGCAGAAGCUGCGCCCACAGUCGAUUUCACAACCACCACAACUACCGACUUACCUCCUUCAGAAAGCGAGACUUUGAAACAAGUGCAAACCCCUGAAUCAGAAGGAACAGUUGAAGACCACCACCUGAGGAAGAUAGAAGCAGUUGAGCCUCUUGUCCAGAUCAACAAACCACGUGUUCUAGAAGAAGUUAUUCCCUAUAUCAUCAAACCUCCGCCUGAGCUAGUGCCUGGCACUGCUAUCGAUAAAUUAUUCAGUGUAGAGAAGCAAGGGGUCAGUGACAUUGUUUUGACUGAUUUCAAGGUUGGUAUCGAAGUUAAUGUUGAAAUUGGAGACGAGAUGAGUCGGAGAUAUGCUUCUAGUCGGUCAGAAGGUGGACACGAUUCGUCUGCUUAUUCCCGAUCUUCCUCCAGAUAUGCAACUGGAACUACCUCAAAGUACACCACCGAAUCCUCACUAGCAGGAUCAAAAUACGACGACUUAUCCUCCAAAUACAGCAAGAGAUCUUAUGGCACUGAGGGUGGAGAUUCAUCAGCUCUGACAUCAAGUUACACAUCCAGAAGAGGCGUGUCUUCCGCUGAUGAUGACUAUAGCUACAGCAGGCAGUCGAGAGUGGGCUCUAGCGAUGCAGAUCUAGAUACCUACAGUUACUCCAAGAGAAUCAACAAACCUUCUGAUGGAGAAGGUGAAGGAUACAGCUCCUAUUCUAAGAAGUCCUCGAGAUCUAUCACGAGAACUGAAGGAGUGGGAGAUGGAGAUGACUUCAGCUACACCAGACGUGGCAUGAAAUCGACCAUAGAAGGAGUGGGUGAUAAUGACCAGUUCACUAUCAGAAAAUCGUUAAGGACCUCUGUUGAAGGGACAGGCAUAGAGCCCUCAGAAACCAAUGAUGCUUAUUCCUACACAUCCAAGAGAACUGGCUCAGAAUUGGGUUCCAGGCAUUCAAUCAGAUCGGUUUCCAUAGAGGAACCCAAAGAUGACUCCGACGACGUAUUGUCGAGGAUUUCCAGGAAAUAUUCUAGGAACAACUCGACCGAGCCUAAGGCUAUAGGAGAAGAGGAGGAAGAUAAGUACGCUAAGUAUACGAGGAAGUAUUCGAGAACAGAUUCUCACAAAGAUGAAGAUGAAAGUAGGUUCUCUAGGAGAUCUUUCAGAGGCAACUCUCGGGGUACAGAUGAUGAGGAAAAUGUGCGCUCUGGAAGGAUUUCUAGGGACAAGAGUUAUGAUGAAGAGGAUGCAUAUGAGAAAUAUGCUAGGAAAUAUCUGAGGAAAGAAUCGACGUCUACAGAAGGAAAGGAUCAGUCGCUUGAUGUCGAAUCCAAACGGUAUUUGAGGUCAGAUUCUUCCAAAUCUAGAUCGAGGAAUUCAGAUGAUGAAUCAUCCUCGGUCAAAAUAACCAGACAGGUAGAAACAGCCGAACAAUCAGCUACAUCGGAGAAAACCUCAUCAAAAACAUACAUCUCAGAAUCUCACUCGCAAGAAUCUGAAGAAAUAGCAACAGCUUCAGUACAGUCGAAUAUUGCACAGGAAUCACUGAGAGAAGCUUCUGAUGCACAAGCUAGACGGAAAGAAGUGUCCCAGAAAAAAGAGAUAAACGGUAAAAUAGAAGAAGUAAGAACAGAAAAAGAAGAAGGACUGUCCAUCAAUCUCAGAACCGUCAGAGAAAAGUCUGCUGAAGACAAAUUGGGAGAAAUGGAAGGCGAUGGUUCACUCAAGUUUAUCAAAACCAUUCGUGGUACUAGCAUCGAACUGACUACGGAGGAACGAACAGCUAGAGCCAGCACAGAUAGACCAGAAUUCAUGGUGUCUAUGAAAGAUGCUGAACUCUUGGAAGAUACAUAUCUUCGUUUUAUGGUGAAAAUUGUUGGAGAACCCAACCCUGAAGUCGCAUUCUUCAAAGAUGGAACAAAAAUUCUGGAAUCCAAUAGACGUUAUCAGAUCAUCAGAGAACAUUCUGACAAGGGAUUCUACGAACUGGUUAUACCCGAAGUUAAGAAAACGGAUGCUGGUAUCUACAAAUGUGUAGCGACAAACAAAUUUGGAGAAGCUUCUUCAGAAGCUUCUGUAACUGUUACAGAAAAUAAACAUGUAUUCGAAGAUAUGCCUGAAGGAGAGAUACUACCUGCUGGAGAGAAACCAGUUUUUCAUUGGAAGAAAGAUGGAACUCCGUUCGAACCAGAAGAACGUUUCAAGGUCCUUAUGGGAGACGAUGAAGAUUCUCUAGCAUUAGUAUUCCAGAAGGUCCGGCCUGAUGACGUGGGCCUCUACACCUGCGUAGCGCAGACGUCACGUGGCCAUAUCAGCUGCAGUGCAGAGCUCACGGUGCACGGCACCGUCAACCAGCUGUUCAGGGAGCCCGAGAAACCCUCCUUGGUGGUAGUCAAACGCGACCCCGUCGUCAAUGUAGGAGGGUCUGCCAUGCUGGAGCUGCAGGUCAAGGGCUACCCGAAGCCCAAUAUCAAGUUCAUGCACGAAGGGAAGACCAUUGAGGCCAGCAAGAAGCACAAGAUCCUGUAUGAAGACGAAGAAAGCGUUUCGCUCGUCAUCAAAGACGUCGAAUCUUCAGAUGCCGGCAAAUAUACUUUCACUGCUGAGAAUGAGCUGGGAUCAGACUCUGUCGACAUGCAUCUGACUGUGAAAGCUCCGCCAAAAAUCAUGACGAAAAUGGAGGAUAUCUCUGUUCAUGCAGACAUCCUUCUGAAAAUGGACGUAGAAGUGGAAGGUAUUCCUAAACCAACUAUCCAGUUCUACAGAAAUGGAAAAAUCAUCAAGCAGAGUGAAAGCAUGAGAGUUGUCGAAUCAGGAGAGAAGCAUAGUCUGGUGAUCGAGAAAACUUCACUGAAAGAUUCAGGUUCAUAUUCUGUGGUUGCUUCCAACGAAAUAGCACAAGUUUCCCAAUUCUGGAACUUGGACGUCCACAGCAAACCGAAGGUCAUUCAGAAACUUGGAUCCGACAGGACCGUAUCUCAAGGUCAAAACGUCGAGCUCAAGGUCAAACUCGAAUCAGAGCCCAAACCGGAAGUGAAAUGGUUCAAGGACGAAGAAGAAAUCAAAUCGAGCGAGCACUUCGUCAUCAAAGACGAUGGAGAUUCGUAUAUUCUGAAAAUCACUGGCGCGGUGACAACAGAUGCUGCCAAAUACAAGUGCAAAGCUGUUAAUAUACAUGGUAGCGUGGACGAUGAGGUGACGAUAAACGUGAAGAAACCUCCAAAGAUCAUCCAGGGACUACACGAUAUGACGGUGACUGAGCACGACAAAAACGUUACAUUGGAUGUUAAGCUCGAAGCAUUUCCCAAGCCCACUGUGAAAUGGUACCUUGAUGAGAUGGAGGUCAAAGAAACAAGAACCGAGUUCACUCGAAUCGAAUAUGAUGACGGCGUCAAACUGGUCAUCAAGGAAGUGUCUAGCGAACUUUCUGGCCAAUAUACGUGCAAGCUUAGUAAUGAGUGUGGUGGUGCAGAAACCAGUGCAAGAUUAACAGUGAAUUGUGCCCCACGCAUCAUCAAGUGCCUCAACGACACCACCGUCGAAGAGGGAGCCACCCUGCAUCUGGAAAUCGCCGUGGCGGGCUGUCCCGCGCCCACAGUGAAGUGGCUCAGGAACGGCCGCGAGGUCUCAGCAGACGCACGGAUCAGGAUCAGCCGCGACACGCAGCGGCACGAGACCUACAAUCUGGCCGUGGAUCUGAUCAAGUACGAAGAGCAAGGGGAAUACGAGGUGAUCGUGACGAACUGUCUCGGGACGGUGAGCAGCAAGAGUUUCGUCACCGUGCAUAAAGUGACACAUUCGGAUGCUAUCGAAGAAACCGAAGAACCUGCGAAACAAGUGGAAGUCGAUGUGGUUGAAGACGAACCACAAAGUGCUGAAAUAGCAGAGAAGGAAGACCAAAUCGAAUGCGAACCUGAAAAACCAAAAAAAGUCGGAAUUGAAGAAGUAGAGGAGCCCAAAAAGGCAGGAGGUCCAAACUAUCAAAAGCUAGAAAUAGAUCUGAAGGAAUCCACACUCAAAUCUCAAGAACCUAUUAUAGAAGAACCAGAAUCACCGAACGUUUAUAAAAGAGGAACCUCUGCUAUUAUCGAAGAAGCAGAACACGCUGAAAUCGAAGAAACCAUUUCUCCACGGAAACAAGCGGAAGAAUACGUUCCACUGAAACCGAAACCAAAAAGGGGCAAAUCUGUGCAAAUAGAAGAAAUCGAUAUUAUAGAAAACGCUCAUGGAAGUACCCCUAUAGAAGAAAAAGAGAUAAACACUAAAGUUUUCGAGAAAGCUGCCAAAGUAUUUGAAGAAGAAGAAGUAGUUCAAGAAAUCCCCACAGCAGAAGUCGACGCCAAGCCAGUUGAGGUAACAGAUACCAACGUAAAUAGAAAACUCAUGAGAGGUCAAUCCGCUACCAAGGAGCAACUAAAAAUCAAUGAAAAUGUUCUGAAAACUGAACCUCUGAUACCGCUCGAGACGGAAGUAGACUCCCUUGGAAAAACACCUAAAAUUGCAAGAGAAGCGACAAUUGAAACAUCUGAAAUGAUAGAUAACGAUACGAGUAAUGCUUCAGCAAAUAAACCCAAAGAAAUGCAUGUACAGAGACAAAUCAGUCAGAAAGGGAAGAAGGAAGAUUUAGAAGAUGUUGAUGAAAAAACAGAACAUUUGUUGAGAAAAGCACAGAAGCAGAGGAGCUUGAUUGAAGAAAUGUCCAUGAAGGAGAGUGAAAAUAUUGAAGCUCUACCAAUCAUCUUGGACACCAAUAUGAAAGAUGGGUCGAGGCCAGAGUCCCUGGAGGUGACCUACAUAGUGAGAGGAUUCGCCAAUCCGCCCCCAGUGGCUACCUGGACCUUGGACGGCAAAGAGAUCAAAGCGGAUGGGCAUCUCAGGAUGACCACAUCUCAGAAUGGGGAGGAAUUCAAGUUGGAGAUCAGCAAGCUUGAGAUGAAGGACGGAGGGGUGUACCAAUGCGUUCUGAGCAAUCCGUUGGGGGAUGUCAAGCAGCGGGCUGUUCUGGAAGUGACACCGGAAAAAGAUUUGAGGAGACCGAAAUUGAAAGAAGGACUGAAGAAUCAAACGAUUGUGAAGAAGAAUUCUGUAACAUUCAAAGCUGUGAUAGUGGGAGAUCCUGUUCCAGAUGUUGCCUGGUAUUGCAAUGGCAGAGAAAUGACGAAUGAAGAAUUCGAAAACAACAAGAUGAUUCUAGAAACUGAAGACCAUGAAAUCGAGGAUGGAUUGAAUGAAUGCACGUAUUCAUUAACCAUCCCAAGAUGUGAUUCCUCCAACUCUGGCAUCUACACCGUAAAGGCGCGCAACAGGUGGGGCGAGUGCGAGUCCAGCGCCCACCUCACCAUCGUCAUGCGUCCGGAGAUCGACGGCCCUGAUGACGUCACCGUCGUGCCUGGCGAGGCGGCCUCGUUCAAGGUCACGGUGCUGGCCAAUCCGGAGCCGCGGGUUGUGUGGACCAAGGACGAUCGGGUCGUGGAGGGGGAGGGAGUCGAAAUCGUCGAGGACAAGGCCAAUAGGACGUACAAGUUGGUGUUCCACGAGGUCAAGUUGUCUGACGAGGGGUACUACAAGGUGACGGCGACAAACGAUCAGGGGGAGUGCAGCGCUGAGGCUAGAAUGAAGACCAUAAAGGAAGCAGAACCCACUACUGAGAGACCAAAAUUCAUCACUGGCUUGGUCGACGAUCAAAUCGAGCACAAAGGAGAAGCCAUCAUGAUGGUGCGGGCAGACGGCUUGCCGAAACCAGAGAUUCGUUGGUUCCUCAACGGAAAACGCAUUGUAGAAGAUGAAAAUCACAAAAUAGAAACGGUCGCAGAGGCUCAAGUCACGAGCAAACUGAGGAUUCUGAAUUUCGAUGAGCUGAAUUCUGGAAUUUACAAAGCAAUGGCAGUGAACGUAGUCGGAGAAGCUGAAACUACUUCACGAGUUACUAUGCUACAGACUCCACCAUCAUUUGGUAAAAAGCUGGACAGGAAUUCUGACGUCAAUGAAGGAGAACCAUUAGAACUCAAGGCUAAAAUCAACGGUAGUCCCAGACCUACUGUUGCUUGGUUCAAAGAUGGUGAGCCGAUACCUGCAGAUGAUGGUAACAUCAAAACUACCAUAUUGCCUGAUGGAACUGUCAAGCUGAACAUCGACAAAUGUAAACCUUCCGAUAGUGGAGCGUACAAGUUGGUCGUCAAGAAUCCAAACGGUGAAACCGCAUGCCUUUGUGCAGUUGCAGUAACCCAGAAACCAAAGAGACCCAAGUUCUUGAAAUGCUUCAAAGACGUCAAGAUAUCCACUGGCGAACCAUUGCGAUUGGAGGCAACAGUAGAAGCCUACCCGCCUCCAGAAAUCAAGUGGCUCAAGGACGGUGUCCCCGUUCGUGCCUCCUCCAACGUCCGCUUCGAGAACCACCCUGAUGGAAGGGUGGCGCUGGUGGUGGACGUCACGAAACCCGAAUCGGCGGGCGAUUACCAGCUGCUGGUGACCAACAAGUUGGGCGAGAGCGUCGGAGAAGCCGGAGUUGUCGUGGAGAAGAAGCCGACCAAGCCGGAGUUCGUCAGCAGGCUGCAGCCGCAGACGGUGGUCGAGGGCUUCCCCGUCAAGUUCGAGGUGAAGGCCGAAGGGUUCCCGACGCCUACUAUCACAUGGUCGAGGAAUGGCGCCGAAGUCAUCUCGGACAACAAGCACAUCCGCAUCGUCGACCGGCCGGACGGAAGCAGCGCCCUCUUGCUGGACUGCGCGGACCGCAUGCGCGACGCUCUCACUUACAGGGCGACCGCAACGAACGAGGCCGGCGAGGCCGAAACGUCGGCCGCGUUGACCGUCAAAGAGGCGGCCAAGCCGGGCGAGCCGGAGGAGAGGCCGAUGUUUUUGCAUGCUAUCAAAGACGUGCUUGUGGAUGAAGGUCAACAGCUCGUUGUCGAAGCAGCCUUCACGGGCAACCCCAUCCCCAGCGCCGAAUGGACGAAGGACGGCGCUCCUCUACUACCCUCCGACAGGGUGCUGAUGACAUGCGACGGCCGGCGCGUCGGUAUCCGUAUAGACAAAGCGACGCCCGCCGACGCCGGCGUUUACGGGGUGCGGAUUGUUAGCCCUAUGGGGGAGGACAAGACGGAGGGGAAGGCUAAGGUCAGGAAGGUGUUCAUGGCGCCGACGUUCACGCAGCGGUUCGGCGAUUUGCAGCAGCUUCCAGAAAGAGAUGCCAAAUUCCCAUGCAGAGUCACCGGAGUACCCCAACCGGAAGUCGUAUGGACCAAAGAUGGCGAACCACUGAGAGAAACCGACAAAUACCAUAUCAAGAGAGACGGAGAUUUGUGCUGUCUCUACGUCUUGAACUGCACAGAAGGGGACGCUGGGGUUUACAGGGCCACCGCUAUCAAUCAAGAGGGGCAAGAUAACUGUACAGCCACUCUGGAAAUUGUCAGAGAAAUCAAAGCACAAAAGAAGAUCGAACCCCCGGUCUUCCUCAAACGCAUCGGCGAUACGGAGCUCUUCAAGGCCAUGACGGCCAAGUUCACAGCCUGCGCCUCAGGAAUUCCAGAACCCACCGUCGAAUGGUUCCACAACGACAAGAAGCUAUUCCCGUCCACCAGGAUCCGGAUGGACAAGGAUACGGCGGGGCUGUUGAGAUUGGCGAUUAGUGGGGUGGAUGUGGAUGAUUUGGGAAGGUAUUCCUGCAAGAUCAGUAACGAACACGGCAGCGAUAUUUGCCAUGGUACUUUGAAGUUCGACGAAGGCCUCGAACCGAAACCAAAACGCCCCAUCACCGACCAGUACGCCGACUUCGACAAGUACAAGCGCACAGGUGCGCCCAUGCCGCUCUCCGACCCGCCCAUCAUUUCGCGCAUGACCGACCGGCACUGCACACUGUCAUGGCGGCCGUCUAUGCCCGGUGGGCCUAGGCCGCCUGUUACCUACCAGCUGGAGAUGUGCGAAAUGCCGCACGGCGAUUGGUUCACGGUACGGUCGGGCAUAAGGAGUUGCGCGUGCGGGGUGAGGAACUUGGAGCCGUUCAGGGACUACAAGUUCCGAGUUCGUGUAGAGAACAAGUACGGGAUCAGCGAUCCGUCUCCGUUCGCUUUAACUCACAGGCAGAAACUAGAGCUGGAACUUCCCAAAUUCCGGCCGUAUCUGCCGCCCGAGAUCGACUUCCGCCCCGAGACCUCCCCCUACUUCCCCAAGGACUUCGACAUUGAGCGCCCUCCCCACGACGGUAUGGCGCAGGCGCCACGAUUCCUGCGCCAAGAACACGACACCCAAUUCGGCGUAAAGGACCAGGGCGCGAACCUGUUCUGGUUCGUGUACGGGUACCCGAAGCCGAAGAUGAGCUACUACUUCAACGACGAGCUGAUCGAGACAGGCGGGAGAUUCGAUUCCAGCUACACCAGGAACGGUCAGGCUACUUUGUUCAUCAACAAAAUGCUCGAAAGAGACGUCGGCUGGUACGAAGCUGUUGCCAGAAAUGAACAUGGAGAGGCCAGGCAAAGAGUGCGUUUGGAAAUUGCCGAAUUACCCUACUUCCUCAGGAGACCUGAAAUAGAUUACGUCAUGUUGAGAGGAAAAGCCAAGUUCGAAGCUAGAAUAGUCGGAGUGCCAUAUCCAGAAAUCAAGUGGUACAAGGACUGGAAACCAUUGGCCGCUUCGACCAGAAUCAAGAUAGCUUUCAUCGAACCCGACCUCCACAUCCUCACCAUCAACGACGUCAUCCUGAAAGACGAAGGCCUGUACUCGGUGAGCGCGCGCAAUGUUGCCGGCUGCGCGUCCAGCAGCGCCAUGUUGCACGUCGAGGAGAACGAGCAUGAGUACAAGAUGAGGAACUACACGAACUUGUCCCCGUUGAAGUCGAAGAGAAAGGCGUACACUGACUUCUACGAUAUCGGUGAUGAGUUGGGACGCGGGACGCAGGGUAUAACCUAUCAUGCAGUGGAAAGGUUGAAUGGUCGCAACUAUGCCGCCAAGGUGAUGCACGGCAAGGGUGAGUUGCGCCCGUUCAUGUACAACGAACUGAACAUGCUGAACGAACUCAGGCACAGGAAGCUCAUCUCCCUCCACGACUCCUACGAUACAGACGACUCUCUGACGCUGGUUCUCGAGCUGGCGGGUGGCGGCAGUCUUGUGCAGGACCACCUGCUGAGGCAGGAGUGGUACACGGAGAGCGACAUCGCAGGAUUCGUGAGGCAGAUGCUGCAGGGGCUAGACUACAUGCACGACCGAGGAUACGGCCACAUGGGUCUCAAUCUGGGCGAUCUACUGCUGUCCCACCCAGGCGGCGACGACCUCAAACUCACGGACUUCAGCCUGUCCCGCCGCAUCCAAGCGGGUUCGCACUACCCGCUGAAGUACGGCGUGCCGGAGUACGCCAGUCCCGAAGCUGUCAACGGAGACGGCGUCGGGUUCGGUCACGACAUGUGGAGCGUCGGCAUCAUCACGUAUAUUUUGUUGUCUGGUCGGUCUCCGUUUAGAGGAGAAAAUGACAGAGAGACUCUCAACAACAUCAAGUCGGGCAAGUGGAUGUUCGAGGACAGUUGGUGGUCGAACAUCAGCGUCGAAGCCAGAGACUUCAUCAGCAGGCUGCUAGUGUACGAUAGCGAGACGAGAAUGGACGUCAGAACGGCCUUGAGACACUCCUGGCUGGAAAGAGCAGAUAAAAGUUAUUCGGACGAAUGGCGGAUCAGCAGCUCGUACCUCAGCGAUUACUGGAGGCUGUACAGGGAGUGGUACGACAACGCGUCCUGUCGCAGAUGGUUCAGACGCCGGCCUUUAGAGGGCGCCUUCACCCACCCGUCGAAGAUGGUGUACCCGCCAGGGGAUUAUGACUCGCCGCGUGCCACCCCUGUUCCGAUCGACAAAACGCCCAGAAGCAGGACCACGUGGGAGGACCAGCUUCCUACUAGAUCGCCGUUGAAUUACGAAAUCGGGGUGUUCAAGUCGGAGAGCCAUUAUCAAAAUGGACCAGACACCUAUCUGCUGCAAUUGAGAGAUGUCGAUUUUCCUGUCAGGUUACGUGAAUACAUGAAAGUAGCUGGGAAUAGAGGACCUGGUUCUGGAUACAUUUUAUCAAACGAAAAUGGUUACGACUGGAGGACUCCCAUUAUCCAUGAGAGACGCAGAUUCACUGACGUGAUGGAUGAGGAAAUUGACGAUGAAAGGAAGGCUCGCAUCAAUCGAUAUGGUGCUGCAGACCGUGAUCCAGCCGUCAGAAGAAUCAGGCACGAACUAGGUUCUCGUUUGGAUACUUAUGUGGAGGCAGAGGCAUUCCUUGAAGCCAAACAAGAAGGAAGAUUACCGUUCUUCAGAGAAAAAUCCCAUCUUACUGCGAUGCAAGAAGGAAAAGAUUUGGAACUGACAUGCCUAGCUGUGGGUGAUCCUCAACCAAUAGUUCAAUGGUUCAAGAACGACGCGAUCAUAGCCGAAUCCCACCGAAUAAAAAUCACGACGGACGAGGACGGCCGGUCCCACUUCCGGCUCACCCCCGCCCUGUCCUUCGACCAAGGUCUGUACAAGGUGGUCGCUCGGAACAAGAUCGGCCAGACCAUCGCCCGGACUCGAAUCGUGCUGGGCCUGGUGCCGGACGAACCGGACAGUCCCGAGGCGUCGCAGAUCUCCGACGACGAGAUCUUGCUGACGUGGAAGCAGCCAAAGUUCGAUGGCAAUGCUCCGGUCAUCUGUUACAGGUUGGAAUUUAAACUGGCAGACGACUCGGAAUGGGUGAAGAAAGCGGACAACAUCGACCACGAAUUCUAUCUAGUCAACGGUUUGGAGUCCAACAAAAGUUACAUCUUCAGAUUGGCGGCAAAGAAUUUCAUCGGAUGGAGCGACUCCGGGGUGCCUUCAGCUCCAAUAAUGACCAAGCCAUCAGGUACUCCAAAAAUACAACUGAGCAAGGCGAUGAGACACCUACAGCAGAUCACCGAUAGCGGCAGACUGGCCGAAGAAGAAACCAACAUCCAGUAUGACUACAGUAUAGAAUCAAAGCCGAUCGAAUGGGAAGAAGCUGAUGUUCAAGAAAACUUCAAUUUCAUUUCAGAAAUAUCAAGGGGAAGAUUCUCGUUGGUAUUGAAGGCUGUGGACAAGAAGAACGAUAGCGUAGUGGUGGCGAAAAUCCUGGAAUACAACGAGAGCAGAAAAGAAGACGUCGACGGCGAAUUCGCUGCUCUGAGGUCGCUGAGGCACGAAAGAAUCGCCAGUCUUUUGUCCGCUUACCGCGUUAACGAUACGGCUGUCUUCGUUCUGGAAAAGCUACAGGGCGCUGACAUUCUGACGUACCUGUCGAACAAACACGAGUACACCGAACAGACUGUCGCCACGAUUGUCAGCCAGAUUCUGGACGGAUUGCAAUACCUGCAUUGGAGGGGACUAUGCCAUCUGGAUCUACAACCGGACAACGUAGUCAUGUGCGGUGUGAGAUCUGUGCAAGUGAAGCUGGUCGAUCUGGGAUCAGCUCACAGGGUCACGAAAUUGGGAACGAAAGUCCCAGUUCUAGGCCAUCCAGAUUAUAUUGCUCCUGAGGUGUUGGCCGAAGAACCGGCAUUCCCGCAAUCUGACAUCUGGUCGGUGGGCGUCCUGACCUACAUCAUGCUGUCUGGUACGGUGCCCUUCCGCGGGCAAGACGAGAACGAGAGCCGUCAAAAUAUUUUGUUCGUCCGCUACAGAUUCGAACAUUUGUACCAAGAGGUGUCGCAGGAGGCCACCAGGUUCCUGAUGCUCCUCUUCAAACGCCACCCAAAUAAGAGGCCUUCCCCAGAAGAAUGCCAUGAAAACCGCUGGCUACUACCCACCGACUUCAUGAUCAAAAAGCGCGAACGCACCGUUUUCUUGGGACACCGACUCAAAGACUACGCAGACGAGUAUCACGGGGAAAAAGAACAAUUAUCGCAGAAAUCAAAGAGUUUGUUGGGCAUCAAGGUAAUCAGGUCGCAGAGCAUACAAGAGGAGUUGUUGACUGCUCCCUAAUUGUUUAAUGA